AGUGAACUGUAGAUUACACAGGCAGACGAGUGAGCAUGAAUUUUAAACAUGGAUCAAUCAUUUGUAAACGUCAAUGGACAGGAGAUAAGACAAUGACGUCGACGGCUAACAGAUACUUGGACAAAAUCAACUGAACUCCGAAACAACAGUUUUAAAAGGCGUUCUAACUUCUGAUGUGAAUAUGUUGAUUCAGCUCACAUUCAGGAUGAAGAUUUGAAUCAUGUUUGAUACGCUUCAUUUUUGUAGAUACCAUGCCUAAUGCAUCUACUGUAUUUCUUAUUGGGAAAUAUUAACGACAGCCUAUAAUGUAACUAAAUAUUUGUUUAAAAUGAGUAACAACACUGUGACCGGGAGGAUCAUGAUCCCGACUAUACCGUCCAUCAUGUUUAUUUUCGGUGUGGUGGGAAAUGUCAUUGCCAUCGUGGUACUCUGCAAAUCCAGGAAAGAACAGAAGGAGACAACGUUCUACACGCUGGUAUGCGGUCUGGCGGUUACAGACCUUUUGGGGACACUCCUAGCCAGUCCCGUCACCAUCGCAACCUAUGUGAAAGGCUCGUGGCCAGGCGGGGAACCACUGUGCCAGUAUUUUGGAUUCAUCAUGCUUUUCUUCUCUCUAGCGGGGCUCAGCAUUAUAUGCGCUAUGUCCGUGGAGAGAUACUUGGCGAUAAACCACGCGUAUUUCUACAACGACUAUGUGGAUCAGAGACUGGCGGGCAUGACGCUUCUGGCUAUUUACAUCUCCAACGUGCUUUUCUGCGCUCUACCUAGCAUGGGUCUGGGACAAGUCAAAAAGCAGUACCCACAAACCUGGUGCUUCAUAGAGUGGCGGAGCAACGUGAGGACCGAUGCCGCCUUUUCAUAUAUGUACGCGGGGUUCAGUUCGAUUCUAAUUCUAGCCACAGUUAUCUGUAACGUUCUGGUAUGCGGUGCUCUGAUUCGAAUGCACCGGCGGUUUGUCCGGAAGAUGUCAUUGUGGACAGACCCCGGACGAAACACAGACCCGAGAAGGAGACGCAGCUUCGGGCAUCUGGCCGGCGCAGAGAUCCAGAUGGUGAUUGUACUCAUUUGUACCUCAGCGGUGGUGCUUAUAUGCUCCAUUCCACUUGUUGUGCAAGUGUUUCUGAACCAGAUUUAUAAGACUCCGGUGGAGCUGAGACUGGAGAAGAACCCAGAUCUACGGGCGAUCCGCUUCGCCUCAUUCAACCCCAUCCUGGACCCCUGGAUCUACAUCCUCCUCCGCAAGGCCGUGCUCCUCAAGCUCAUUGAGCAGAUCAAGUGUCUGUUCUGUAAGAUAGGAGCACAGAGACAGCAGAGACAGGGAGCACAGAACUGCCACUGCAUUGAUGAACACCAGCUCCACUCCAUCAUCUCUUCACAAGAGUUCCCGUCAUUGGUGUCCCGUGAGCUGAAGGAGGUGUCCAGCACCUCUCAGGUCAUCCUCUACCUUCCUGAUGGAAGCUGUCAUCACACAGGAGAGCAGGUUGGGCUCCGCAAUUCCUCUGUCCAAGACCCCCAAAGUUCUUAUUUGUCAGAACAGAGAAGUACAGAGGAUGGGGGGAGAGAGGUGACAAACCUAACCAGGGACCCCUCUGGUGUGGGAGGACAGACCACUCAGUCAUGUGUGAAAGAACAGGCUCUUCAUGUGUUGCUAAGUAAUGAGACGGUGCAGGAGAAAUGCAUAUAGAUCUUGUGUAUUUGGAAUCCCAUGAACGGUUACUUCAACAGCUUCUCUAAGACUCCUCAUAUUAUUGUGAAGUUUCUGUGAGUCAGAGGGAUGUCCACACAUACAUUGACGACACUGCCUUCAGACUGCCCAAGAUGGCUUUUCAGACAGCUUCUGCUCUCCUAAGGGACUUAUUCGGUUAGCGGAAGUGUUAGUGCCAACAGAAAUAGAUUGGCUCCCAGGAUGACUAAUUUGACAUCCUCUAAAGACGAGGAAUGGCACAUUUAAACAAUGUUGAAAAGCUUUUGGUAAGCCUGACAGGAGGAAGGACAAACAAGAGAGAGACAACUGUGAGAGAGAGAGAGGAUGUCUGCUCCACUUUGAUGUCAAGCUACCUCGACCAGAAACAUCAAUAUUUGUUUGUUUUUCCUGUCUUCUCGCACAGGUCAGAGAGCAAGGCAGUAAGAGCAGAGCAGCUUCUCCAUGGCCUAAAGGGGCAUUGGCUGUACACUGUAGCUAAACAGUUUAACACUAGCUUCUUUCAAUCAUUGUACAAACUGUGAGUUAGUAUUUAGAGUAUUUAAACUACAAUGAUUGAGAUGUACAGAAUAGUUAUUAGGAUUCAUUGAAAGGAAUGUAGUAUAGGGCCUGUCAUUACGUUCCAAACUGCCAUGAUAACACCAAGGAAAAGUCAGUUCUCACAAAACAAUGUCUGUAGAAGGUUUGCUGUUCAGAGAUGCACUUCACUUGAAUGUUUUGCAUCACAUAAUAGCUUUAGAGAGUUAAUGUAUAGUGCAGUAUUGUGUGUAAUAACAUUAUCCAUGUGUUGUCCUUCAGGUGAGUGAAAUGAGUUGUGCCAACAUGCAGGGUAGUUUGCCAAACUCUGUAUAUGUAUUUCUAUUACUCUGGUACCAGUUUCUGAACGUUUAUCAGAUUAUCAGUAAUUCACCUAAGUAUUGUCAUUGUCAUUAUUUAGUGACUUACGCAAUCAGCCUGGUCUCAUAUACUAGUAUACAUAAACCAGGGACACCAGAUUAGUAUGACAUGUUAUGUUUGGUAUGAUUACAUGAGACAGAAGGUUACUUAAGGAAAAAUGAAAGGAGGGCGGUUAGUCUGCGUAUAAAGCAAACGUCUAGCGCGAACGUCUAGCGCGAACGUAUAGCAACCGAAAGGUUGCGGUGCGAAUCUCAUCACGGACAACUUUAGCAUUUUAGAUAAUUAGCAACUUUGCACCUACUUAGUAUGUUAGCUAACCUUUCCCCUAACCCUAAUUUUAACCUAACUCAUAAGCUUAACCCCUAGCCGAGCUAAUAUUAGCCAGCUAGCUAACAUUAGCCAGCUACCUGAGAUCAGGUUGAUGUAAUUUCUUCUCUAUGAGAAGUUUCAAGUAAUUCAAUCCCGCCAUGAAAUGUUACAAUAGCAUAAUAUGAAAGGUCCUUGUCAAUUUUUAAAUAUUAUGUUCUGCCAUAUCUGUAAACCCCCUAAAAUGACAGAUGUUUUUCAUUUUAAAUCCAAUAUGCUUUUAUUUUAUCCACCCUAAAUAAAAUAUUAAUUUAAGCAAUACAUUCUAAAAAUGAAUUCAAUUGAUUAACAGUAAUUGAGACCCAUCUAUUGUCUUCAAGGAUUUGUGCAUGACUCCAUUUCCUUUGGACCACCUAUGAGACUGAACGUGUGGAUGUGCAAAACAUCACGCACAAGAGUCAGUGUCAUGCAGUGUGUGUGUGUGUCAUUAAACUACAUGUCAUCUAAGAACAAGCGGAAAUCAUUUAUGUAAGCAGGAAGGUUCUCAGACUCAGAUUCCUGACAGAGUUUAGAGGUCAUAUUGUGACCCUGUUAGCACACAGAUGCUACUGAAAGGUACAGGCCACUGCUUUCCAAGUUUACACAAGUAUAAUUGGCUAAACAAACCCUAACGAACUUGGGUCCAAGGCUGUUAACGAUGAAUUCAAGUUCAAACACGCAAAAAGAAUCCCAGAUCUACUACUUAGUAACUGCACACACACACACACACACACACACACACACACACACACACACACACACACACACACACACACACGCGCACAAAAUAUUGUGAGGCAGACUUCCCAUAACUUGAAUGAGGCAGAAUCUUUCAUAAAACAACAAGCGUCUAUGGCUCCUAUUCAACAUGAUUCAAGGUCCAGUGCAAUCAACAUUGAGUUUUUCCUUAUAUCAUUUAUCACCUGAUAAAAUUAACACUGUAAAAAAAUGUAAAAUCAGUGUUAUUUACUGAUAGUGUCACGUUCGUCGUAAGGAUGAGACCAAGGUGCAGCCUUGGUAGACCUACAUUAUUACUUUUAAUGAAUGAACACCGAACAAAAACAACAAAACGAACAAAGGAAACGUGAAGCUACACAACCAGUUCUGACAGGCAACUUAACAUAGACAAGAUCCCACACCAGAAAGUGGGAAAAAGGUCUGCCUAAAUAUGAUCCCCAAUCAGAGAUAAUGAUGAACAGCUGUCUCUGAUUGGGAACCAUAUCAGGCCAACAUAGACAUACAAAACCCCUAGACAUACAAAAAACCCUAGACAUACAAAAAACCUAGAGUACCCACCCUAGUAACACCCUGACCUAACCAAAAUAUGUAGAAAACAGAGAUAUCUAAGGUCAGCGCGUGACAGAUAGUUGCUGGUUGAAAAUGCAAUCUACACAGGACCUUCUAAUCAGCAGGUUUGCAUGGGCGGGAGUUUCGACUUUCCAUGGUGACAUUACUAUGCGGCAAAUUGGUUAAUUGACCAAUAAGAAAGAUAAUUCCAAACCUCUCUGCCAAUAAUAGCUAGUCUUCAGUUUUCCUCUCCCUACUCUUGCUGGUUAAGGGCUUGUAAGUAAGCAUUUCACGGUAAGAUAUACACCUGUUGUAUUCGGGUGCAUGUGACAAAUAACAUUUGAUUUGACUCAGACCACUCCCAGACAGUCCCAGCAAAAUUCUUGCUUGAGAAAUAGUUUUUUGCAAAAAAUAUAUUUUUGUCCCUAAUGGAAAUCUAUUACAGUAAGGUACUUAAUUACUACCCAUGAAGGAUUUGUAUUGAUAUAGAAAUGACUGCAUUGGGCCUUGAAGAUUGAACUAGCAAUGCUUUGACAAAUAUGCUGAGAAUGGGAUAUCAACACAGAGUGUGUGAGAGCAACCAACCUCAACACGAGUAACCACAACAGCCACGUGAUGUGUGGUGGAGAGAGCAGAUAAACUGUGAAAGGCUGUCAUUUAUCAAAACACGCUGUUGCAUGGAGUACUUCCAAAGAGACAAUAGGGCUUGUUCACUGCAGUAAUUGUCUUGUAUAUUGACCCAGGUCUGAUUGCAACCUUACGUGACACACACUUUUACCAAAUGUGUUUAUGCCUCUUCCACAAACUACACUUUCAUAAGAUAGAGCCAGUAGAUGCUCAUGGACACUCUUAAUGAACAAAAAUGGGCAUAGAGUUGGCGAGCAAGUUCAUAAGCUAUCAGGGUCUGGGUUGAGCUAGUGGCCACACUUCUGUCCAGUCUACAUUUCCGUCCAUUCUCCUGUAACAUGGCCAUAUAAUGUCAGUAACUACACAUAUGUUGCCGUUCUGUGCUGUGCAUCACAUUACAGUAACAAGGAAACAUAAAGCUGCUUUAAGUCAACAGGAUGCACGCCAACAUCAAUUCUCUGUCCUGUGUCUCCUGGGGGCUAUGACACUAACUGCUCAGCAUCAGGGCACAUCUGCUGUCAGCUACAGAUGAACAGGACAGUAGACCACUACGUCAUGAUUAUUAUAGCAUUAUACAUGACAGAGACCAGAAACUAUGGAAUGGUAGACAUGAUAAACCCGCAGUAAUGUGCAUAAGCUGUCUUUCUCAGGUAGUGGGGAGAAAAGACAAAUCUAAUGUAAAGAGGAAGACCAGGCAAUGGUUGAAAUCUUGUAAAAACAACACUUUUUUCUCAGGGUACAGGUGGUAAUGGUUUAUAACAGUGUCAUUCAUUUUAGGCAUGUAAAAUCUGUAAAUAAUUUGUAUUUCACCAAUUGAGGCACUCAUUCAGUGCUGUAGCCGAAGCCAUACAGUGUUAGCAGACCAGGGAGGGAGAAGAUGAUCUAAAAAGCUUCAGGAAUUAGUCAACCUUCUGACUCUGUUAAGCCCUACACAAACAUAGUUUGGACUCAGAAUACAGGCUUAAUUCAUGGGGUUCAGAACAGUAUUAAACACAGCCCGUUCCCAUGAAACCAGUUAUUAAUUACAUGUUACAUGUUGAUCCUCAUUGUUGUGUAACAUUAACCAAAGCAAAUAGGAAAGUCUUAGGCGCUCAAGAUGACCUGCAUAGAAUCAGAAAGUAAAGCCCAUCAGAUAUGAUUCAAACAAAACAAUGUGCUAAAGAUCUCGCUUCAGCAAGAUGUGAACGCAUUUACCUCCAUACAAGAAAAACAUAUUCAGCAAUAGAGAUGCACCCAAGGGAACAGAGGGAAUGUGCAGAAGUGCCCAUCGAGUCGAAUACACACAUUGAGGCCAACAGUAAGAAUAAACUAAUUUGACUUGGCACUUACUCUUCAAUGUCAUUUGGUUUGAAAUGGUCUUCCAUUAUUGUGUUCAGAUUAAGUGUCAUUAAACACCUUCACUUGCGUCAUUGUUACCCCAAGAAACCAAGGGGCCAAAAAUGUACAUCUGUUGUUUAGGUUCCAAGAAAACGGACAGGGUAAAAACCUUUUGAUGAAAGCCAUGAAUUAUUUGGUGUCAUUCUUGUUAUCAAGGUCAAUGGAGUUGAAAGGGGGAACAGAUUCAGUUCAUGUACAGUGGGGCAAAAAAGUAUUUAGUGAGCCACCAAUUGUGCAAGUUCUCCCACUUAAAAAGAUGAGAGAGGCCUGUAAUUUUCAUCAUAGGUACACUUCAACUAUGACAGACAAAAUUAGAAAAAAAAAUCCAGAAAAUCACAUUGUAGGAUUUUUAAUGAAUUUUUUUGCAAAUUAUGGUGGAAAAUAAGUAUUUGGUCAAUAACAAAAGUUUAUCUCAAUACUUUUUCGCCCCACUGUAAAUCCAUGAUAACGGACCUUUUAACUGCUUAGGCUUCAGACCUCUUCAGUGUACACAUAAUAAAGCAAUGGGUAAUAUUAUAUUACAGUCAGUAGAUGGAUAAACCUUUAUUAUUACUGACAUCCACUUCCCUGUCCCAAAAUUAGGGAAGUACUGUCAGUGGUCAUAUUUACAGAGUAUACAUUAUUUGUUUGUUUGCAUGUAGUUCAAGACAAAAUGUCAAAUAAAAUAUAUUGCAUACAUACUUAUGCACCACAGCGAGCAAAGACGAGUAAGUAAGGCUAUAUUAGACCUGUAGAAAAGUACAGCAAUACAGUCAUGUGACUAACAUACUGGAAACACACAAGCAUUUCCCAGCUAAAAGCUAGUGUACCAGCCAACUCCGGUCUCCACUCAGUGAUUUUUGGAGACGAUUUCAGACUUUCACAAGAGACCAAUUUGAGUAUGUUUUCGUUCAUUUUUCAUCAUGAUUAUUUUCAGACGUUACCUAGCAACCAGGGUGCAGAAUUCCCCCAUUUUCCCCACAUGAUUAAUCACCCAUUACAAACGUUAUCAAUGUAUUUAACCACUGAGCCUUUCCAGAUACUCUGAGAUGCUUCUUUACCCUGGUCAAAUUUCAUAUGAACUCUUGGAAGUGCUUGGGAAGUUGUCUGGACCAUAUUGUAUGUUUAUAUAGUGCCCAUGUUGUAUCUUAGCAUGGUGUCCUGUCUCUCUAUAUGAGAGUGUCCAGUGUCCCAUCAUACCAAACUCUGGCCAUGCCCAGGGCCAGCCAGCCAGCACUGCCUGCAGUCUGAUUCCCAACUGUGUGUCUGUUUUAAUUGCGGGUUCUCAGAAGACUGAUGUGAAACAGUAUUUGUUGGGGAAUAAUAUUUAUCAUGGCUUCCCUCCCUUCAGGUGUGUGAUUGAAUGAGUGAUAUAAAUGUCUGACAGCCAAUGGGAAGUGUGGGAACCUUAUAGUAAGUAAGCAGUGAACAUGGGGAACUGGAUCUAGUAAAAUGGUCACCCUGGAAGACAUAGCAAAACAACAACUGGUCAUAAGUUCAUCAGCUUUCAGACACCCUGACAUGUUUUACGAGUUAACAUGAACUCAGUGACUUACCAAUAAGCAAAAGAGAACAUUUCUGACUUAUUAUAUAUAUAUAUAUAUAUGGGAACAGGGACUUAUUGUACAAUCAAACUAUUGUGUGUGUGUGUGUGUUAAUGUACUCUUUGCAAGCUAUUUCAGAAAUUGGUACAGUAAAGCUUCAAACACUAAUGUACUGUAUUAUUGUGAAAUAAUGAAUUUAAUCAUUUGAUCAAAUGUCAUAAUUUGGAUAAAGCUCUGCCAUAUCGGUCUAUGGUUGAAGUCAGCUGUCAACUGUGAUGCCAUACCCCUCCAACCUUCUUUCUCACACUCGUUUCCACUGUUUGAUUCAAAUUGUAAGUGGCAUUGAUCAACACCAAUGGUAAGUGCUUUACCAGAGGUUGGAAACAGAUGACAACUACGCUUACUCACACGCUGUAUCUGAUGUCGCCUCUAAGUGUGUUAGCGGGGAGCUGGGCCUAGCAAAUACGUCAAGAUCUAAGGGACUGCAGAUGUGGGUUGAAGUCCUCCAAUGAGGGCCAUGCCAAAAAGGUUUCUGGAGAGGGAGAGCCUUUAAAAGGACUCAUAUUAGUGUCCUCUCUCUCAUUCUCUUCCAGGAUUGUGGUCACAAUGAGUUUUACAGGAACUGAGAUCUCCUCCAUUGUUGCGGUUGCCUCGGAUUACAUCCACCCUCCUUCAUGAGGGAAACCUGACCCUUCCGUCAAACAGUGAAGUCAUGCUGCUAUGAUAAGGAUAUAUAUUUCAUUAUACUUAGAAUAGCUGAAUUAUAACUUUUGUAAGAAGAAUAGAAUAAGCAAUGUGCUUGGCUGUUUUUCAUUGUAUUAUCAUUAUAUUAAUCAUGUAAUACAGAGAUACUUUCUCAGCAAUGUACUUUGAGAUGUCAGUUUAACAUCUGUUACAGUUCACCUCUGUUCACCUGGAACCCUAAACAGAUUUCCUGUUGAGUAUUCACUGGUUGAGGAUCAGGUUUUGGAAUCUAACAAAUUGCCGUCUCAUCCAAGGACAUGCUGAAACUUGUGCUACACACACUAUAAAAUACAAGGUCCGAUCCUCCGGCUUAGGUGUGCUAAUCGGGAAUUCACCGUCACGGAGAUGUGAAAUAGAAAUUAAUAAACCUACCAAUAAGUCCCCCUGAAUGUGUUGAGCAAACAAGGCAAUGGGACCAGACAUUCCAGUUUACUCACUUUGAGCUGAUGUGAACAUAAAAAAGAACAUUGCUGCCUAAUAACAAACCUGGGUUUGAUAAUCAAUAAUGACGUAACCAACAUUAGGUUCAGUCAAUAUACAUUUGAAGGUUUGAUCCUUCUGAACUUUGCACUAAUAACAACCCCAUACCUUCUGUGCCAGUGGUUUCUUUAUUCAACAAUUUCAAAGGACAAACAUCUAGGGCCCACAUCCUUUGUAGCAACAUUCACUUGUUUCCUUUCAGUGAAAUUCCAAACUGCAACGACCCUGUCCCACAAUAACAAAGAGUCAAGCUGUUAUGCAUCCGAGUGGUUGGCUUAUCUUUUCCCUCUUCUAUCACACACGUCAGAGGUAAACCAUCUUCUGAACAUUUCAAAUAGAACUCAAUGCACUGUGAGGAGUUUCUACCGGAAUUAAGAUGGCCAUGACAGCUAGGUCUAAGUGUUUGGGUUGAACUCUUAGUUUUAAACCAUUUGGUUGUGUAAACACUCCCAGAACACUUGAAUCAGAGUGGAAACUAAAGGAGUAGCCUAAAUAAAACAAAUGUGUUAGGUUCUAAAUGAACCGAGUAGAAACUCACAGACGAUUAGUAAAGCUCAAACCAAGUUUAUUCACCCAAAUGGUCAGACAACUGAACAGACAAAGACAUGUUCCCACCAGAACAAGUAUAUACAUCCCAAUUUAGGUGAAGUAUCCUCCUUCCUUCUAAACAUUACAUCUGUAUUGCUAGGCAGGAAGUGAUGCGGGUAUUAAACUGUUCCUUCUCCCUUAACGUGACUGGACCUUUCAAGUUUAGAAGUCAGAACCCAUCAUGAGUUUGGACAUAUCAGGCUGUUCGAUAUGGAUCCAUUGGUAGGCUAUAUUACCCCUCUUACAAAAGGGACCUCUGAAGUCCAUCUUCCUUUUGUACUUAGUUGAUGCUGACAUACUGUUAGGUUCUUAGUGAACCUAAUAAAACUCACGGACACUUAGUAAAGCUCAAACCAAGUUUAUUCCCCCAUUAGGUCAUACAGCUGCAUAAGACCAAGACAUGGCUCUACCAGUGGUAGUAUAUAUACCCCAAUUUGGGGUGGAAUCUCCCUCUCCUUCCUCCCUCAACGUGACCUGACCUCGGCCCCCUUCCUCACUAAACCACAUCUCUCCACCACUAUCAGUGCCUGCCAGCAUGUGAUCAUGUUUCCUUCACUCAGUACAUUCCAAGCUUAAUUGUCGCCACCAUACACAUUCCUCCUACAGACUUUAACUUAUGGUGUAAGCCCUAGACCAUAGCACUCUAUUUCAAUCGGAUACCUGAUAAUUAACACUAUUACAAGUUUGAGUCAGAACCCAGAAUCCAUCAACACCAACAGACUACAUUGGAGUAAAAUCCCUCGUUUUAUGCACUUCGUAUCAAGUUGUCUUUUAAAAAGUGUUGUCUUCUUGCAACACUGUCAGUAAGAAAAACAACACAGAUAAAGUUCCUCCUAAGUGCUGACAGACACACGCCAUCAUGAUGCUUAUCAUACUCUCUCCUCACCCGUGACCUCUAGUUUGAAAAUGUUCCAGAAUAAUUAAACUUACCCUAACCUGAGAAACCACAUUAUCAACUGUCUUAGCUGUCACUAUCAAGGGCUUUUACCCAAACGUUAAACGCUCUGGUCGACAUGACUGACACGUUCUUCUCCUUUCCUGCUGUGAUAAACUAUCUUCAUUUCCGCCUCUACAUCCUGUAUGAACUAACCAGUGUUUAUUUUAAAUGUCUUUUUAGAGUCUUCAUUGUAAAGACGACCAGUUACUUUGUUAUGAUGAAGCUCCUUCUGGAUUCAGAUAGAAAAAAGCAUAUACAGCCAUGGAAAUCCAAUUCAGUUGGAGAUCUACUAUGCCAUGGGCUAAUGGGAAACUGGAUAAGAUGGAGAACUUUCACUGUAAAGCAAAACACCACUCCCACCUUAUACGGGGUCAGCUACUAAUAUCAGGGACCUAGAUUCCAAUUCGACAUUUUCUGUCAAGCGUCUCCAAAACAGUCACAUGGACAUGUUCAAAUGAAAUAACACUCCACUACCACCUACAGUUGAAGUCAGAAGUUUACAUGCACUUAGGUUGGAG